AGGAGAGCUGUGAGCGACGGAACGAGCAGUGGACUGACUGGACACCGGGCUUCUCCUUUCUCUUUUUCUUUUUCCUCACUCCUCCCCUGCUGUUGUGCAAGUCCCCUUUUCUUGGACGACAUUUAACGCGCAAUUUAACCAGUAGCAUCACCCAGAGCUGUUCUGCAGAGAUGGAGGUACCAGGCUUGGCGCACAACAUCACCAGUCCAUUAAGUCCCUGCGAGGGGAUGAUCAAGGACCUGAGCUUGGACGCCAUACAGUUAUGCGAGCGCGAUGGUAGUAAAUCCCAGGACGGCAGCAUCUCUGAGAUGGAGGAGCUCCCUGUUCCUCAGAACAUCAAGAUCAGCAACAUCACCUGCGACUCCUUCAAGAUCUGCUGGGACAUGGAGGCCCGCAGCAAGGAGCGCAUCACGCACUACUUCAUUGACCUGAACAAGAAGGAGAACAAAAACUCAAACAAGUUCAAACACAAGGAUGUUCCUACCAAGCUCGUGGCCAAGGCAGUGCCGCUGCCCAUGACGGUCCGAGGCCACUGGUUCCUGAGCCCACGCACAGAGUACACCGUGGCCGUCCAAACUGCAUCAAAACAGACCGACGGGGACUACGCCGUCUCCGAGUGGAGUGAGAUCAUCGAGUUCUGCACUGCCGAUUACUCCACAGUGCAUCUAAACCAGCUGCUGGAAAAGGCAGAGGUCAUCGCUGGGCGGAUGCUGCGUUUCUCCGUCUUCUACAGAAACCAGAAUAAGGAGUACUUUGACCACGCCAGGGAGGUUCAAGAAAACCGGAUGCUGCCGUCAGUGAAGGACAACAGCGGCAGCCACGGCUCACCAAUCAGCGGCAAGCUGGAGGGAAUUUUCUUCAGCUGCAACACAGAGUUCAACACAGGCAAACCCCCGCAGGACUCCCCGUACGGUCGCCAUCGCUUCGAGGUCCGCGCCGACACGCUCUUCAACCCCGACACCAACCUGUACUUUGGAGACUUCUACUGCAUGUACACGGCCUACCACUACGUCAUUCUGGUCCUGGCACCGAAGGGCUCCAGGGGCGAUGAGUUCUGCAAGCAGAGGCUUCCCGCACUCGACAUCGGCAACAACCGUUUCCUUACCUGCAAGCAGGACGAAGAGGGGGAAGGCGGCCUGGUGUUUCACCACGCCCAGGACGUCAUCCUGGAGGUGAUCUACACGGAGCCCGUAGACCUGGCGUUGGGCACGGUGGCUGAGAUCAGUGGGCACCAACUGAUGAGUCUGUCCACGGUAAACGCCAAGAAGGACCCCAGCUGCAAGACCUGCAACAUCAGUGUGGGACGCUAAGAAACAGCAGGAUGUAAGCGAGGGAGAGAAGGACUAGAGGUGACUGACCUCUGCACACACAAAGGAAGUCCACAUGUACUGAUGAAGCAGACCAACACAUGCAUGAAGCAGCAGAUUUCGUAGGCUCCCAGACAUGCACACCGACAUAUCUCUGACACUGCUCUGUACUCUCAAGAGACCAUCAUUCCCAAAGAAGAGUGGAGGAAAAAAAAGAGGGAGGUACACACUCUAACACCUGCACCAUUGUCUCCUCAUCUGAAAAAGGUUACCCUACUGUUGAAAACAUACCGAAAAAUAUCCCAUUUAAGGGGCCACCAACUAAGAAAUGUAACCCUGGGACACCAACAACAACAACACAGAGCCAUCCAUCCAUCCAUCCAUCCGGCAAAUCACACUGGCAUACUGACCAAACCCUUUAACUGUACUAACAAACACGGGCUGCUUCAAUUUCCUGUUUAUUUUAAUCAGUUGUCCCAUAAUUUAUUAAUGACCUUUGCCUUGUUAUUAUUGAUAUGCUGUUAACUGAGUGUCCACCGUCUGGCGGACAAGAACUUUGUUGUUCCUGAUUACAUUGACUAUUUGUCUUUUUAGAAAUGUUUUGUUCUCAUUCCACAGUCGACGAAUUCAGACUUCUUUUUACCUCCUACUAGUGGCAUGGACUGGUACUACAAUUUUCUAGGGCUGCAGCACCGAUAGUCAUCUUCGUUUAUACCAAAGGUAUUAAAAAAACCAGACAGUGAACUGCUGUGGAAUCCUAACAGUACUAAUGCAACAGCCUCUAAAAUGUGUAUUCACCAAGUCUUUGAUGACCAAGCGUGAACUACUUGUUAACUUGUUAUCCUUUUAAAAGACAAAAAAAAAAAAAAAAGAAGCAUGAUGCAGUUCUGUGCAGCAUGAGUAUGAAAGCUGUCAGUACCUCUACCAUAGCAACCUUUUUACAACAGUCACUCUUAUUUUAUCGUAGUCAGUGGAAAGAAAGAAAGUAGAACCAUAAACUGUGUUUAGCAGAAUAAAUGUGAAAAAAUAUUUAUUUUUAUUGAUACAUUCAUAUAUAUAUAUAGAUAUAUAUAGAUAGAAAACUAUAUAAACCAGAAGUGCACAAUGUCAAAAGCUCUGAUCAUUGUCAACAACGGCAUUUAGGGGGGAUUAACUUCAUACAGGCAAAAAGGGGGCGGGGAUAAACACAAAUUUGACAGCAGAUCAUCAUUUGCACUACGAUGCCUAAGUUCACCGACAUUCACAUAUUUUCCAAGGUGAACAUGUUAAGGGUCACAAUUUAGAUCACUUAUGAAAUUCUUAAUGCAUAUCAUAGCACAAUGUAGGACUAAAAAUAUCUGACAUGCACAAACACUGCAGGAUUGUCUCACUGAUUGCAUUUAAGCUUACACAUUUUUUUUUUUUUGCCAAGAUAGCACUUUUUAAAAAAAUGCAGUUUCCACAUUAACGCUGGACAAAGUUGUCCAAAAACAGUAUUUUGGCAAGGGAAAAAAAAAGUGAGUAACAAAGUGCCAUAUUAUACAUAAAGUAAAUCCUAAAAUGACUCAAAUGUAACUAACACUAAGUCGUUACAGCGCUUCAUCUUUGACAUAGAUUUGUGCUACAUAACGUACACUUGCUACAUCAGGUUUAUAAUAUUCAGACGUGUCAUGAAUGAUAAAGGAAGUGUUUUUGGGACUUAAAA